AUGAAUGACCACUGGGAAACCUUGCUUUCGGUGGAUGGAGCAAAGGUGCUCGACAAACCCGACCCCAUUUUACAUUGGGUCUCACAAGCUAUCCACGAAUUUCCAAGUGAUCUAUUUACCAAUAAGGAGAGACAACAUGGAGGAGUUUUACUUCACAUAGCAGGGGCUGUGUAUAUGUUUUACGCACUGGCUAUAGUUUGUGAUGAUUUCUUUGUUCCAGCCCUAGAAAAAAUAUGUGAGAGAUUACACUUGAACGAAGACGUAGCUGGUGCCACCUUUAUGGCAGCUGGGAGCUCAGCACCUGAGCUGUUUGCUUCAGUCAUUGGUGUCUUUAUCACCCAUGGAGAUGUUGGAGUUGGAACUAUUGUUGGUUCAGCAGUAUUUAACAUUCUGUGUAUCAUUGGUGUCUGCGGUCUAUUUGCAGGACAGAUUGUAUAUCUCACUCAGUGGUCCGUGUUCAGGGAUUCGCUAUACUAUACUUUGUCAGUCAUUCUGCUUAUUGUGUUCAUGUAUGAUGAGAAAAUUGAUUGGUGGGAAGGCCUUAUCCUGAUCCUGAUGUACGCAGGCUAUAUACUUGUGAUGAAGUUUAAUAACAAGAUGCAGAGCUAUUUUGUGAGCAAGCUGAUGAAGGACGUGGCAAACGGCAAUGUGAUCGGCAACGAGAUGGAGGAUGGUAAUAUUGAUUCUCUCAGUAGUUGUGAUGACCCAUCACUCCCAUUGUUAUCUCAAGUUCAAUCGGCCAAUGGUGUGGACAAGGAAAACAGUGCAGCUGAGAAAUGUGAUGGUAUCGAAAAUGGAAAUGUUCCUCUGGACAUAAAUACAAAAGAAGAUGGCAACAAGGAUGAAAGUGAACCAGAGCUCCUGUCUCCAUUUUCUCCACCAGAUGGCAAUUUGAAUAAGCUGAAGUGGCUAAGUUCAUGGCCAGUCCUCGUUAUGCUGUUCUUCACCGUGCCUAACUGUACAAGGCCUCGCUGGGAGAGGUUCUUCAUGGUUACCUUCAUCAUGUCUACCCUGUGGAUUGCCGUCUUCUCUUAUUUAAUGGUGUGGAUGGUUACUGUAAUAGGGUUCACACUCGGAAUUCCAGAUAUUAUCAUGGGAAUCACAUUUCUGGCAGCAGGAACAAGCGUUCCAGAUUGCAUGGCUAGCUUAAUUGUUGCCAGACAAGGAAUGGGUGACAUGGCAGUGUCCAACACAGUCGGAAGCAACGUGUUUGAUAUCCUGGUUGGUCUAGGUCUUCCAUGGGGUCUUCAGACGAUAAUUAUCGACACUGGAUCCUUUGUACGCAUCAACAGCAGAGGCCUUGUUUAUUCUGUCGUACUUCUUUUAGGAUCCGUGGCACUCACGGUGGCUGGUAUCCACGUGAAUGGAUGGAAAUUGGAUAAAAAGCUCGGUAUUUAUGUGCUGGUCCUCUAUGUUAUUUUCUUGUGUUUCUCAAUCAUGAUUGAGUUCAAUGUAUUUACGUUUGUCAACUUGCCAAUGUGCCAAGCCAACAUUUAAGCAUGUCUAAGCGUGAAUGGAUACCAUCAAGAAAAAGAACCUUCUUAAGCUGCUAUUGUAUCUUUCUUUGAUUUAUAAAGAAUGUUUUCUUUUGGCUAUUUUGAAAGUUAAAGCAGCCUUUCACACAGAGCCAAAACUAUUAUUUGAAAAGAAGACUGCUGACUGAUUGGUGUACACUGAAGUCAAAUAAGGAGCUCUCACUCCCUCCUAUGGAGUUUUUAAGAAUUACGCCUGUGGUUUAGCAAUUUGUCUCCACAUCUGGAUUUCCUGUUUGUUUUCCAGCCUCCUGCUUGUUCAUAUGAGCACAAAAUUACAAUGUGUUCAACAGCACGAGUGCUGCAGAUCAAUUUUUUAUUUCACAGGACUUCACCACACAUAUUAUGUGUGGGAAGCAAUUUGUUAAGCAGUCUUUCCUGACCUAAUUGUCAGUAGGGACCACAAUACAUGUUUAAGCCUGUCUUUGUUUUUGUUCAGAAACAUAAAGAGUAUAUAUUGGAAUUGUGUGGACUUGAACAAGAUCAUUUGUAUAUUUGGUGAAUGUAGCUUAAAUAAUGAAGGAAAAUGCUAAACUUGUACAUUUUAAUAGGAAAGUAUAUAUGCCGACUUUAAGUUUGAAUUUUGAUUCAUAGUAUUUUGAUACUAUGUUAAUAUAUAAAUAUAUACACCUAUAUAGAGAGCAUACUGAAGAUAGAGUUCUUUUAUGAAAACUGAACAUUGUAACAUUUUUAAUUCAUUUGUUCCUGCUGUGAUAAACAUGAAUGAGCUCACUCUUCAACUGAAUUAUAUGGUGCAAUAUGGUUCCAUCAACAUUUUAUGAUAUUCUUGGCAAUAUAAAUAUUACUGUAUAUGCCAUCAUGACUGCACAUAAUGUGAACACAUGGAACAGAAGCCUCUAGGUAGGGACUUAUUGAUUUUUUUUACUGUCUUGGAAAAUUGAAGAAAAGGGAUGCAAGCCCUUUAGUUUAUAUAUUUUCUCAUUUAAUGGUUGCUUUCUGCAUGAAAGGAAAAGGGCAAAGAGCAAAUUGAUUUUUCUUCCAAAUCCAAUAGAAGCCAUACAACUAGAUAUGGUAUGUCAAUAUCUUAAAAAAUGCCUAUUAUUAAUUGAUCCUAUAUUUACAGUUUUAAUAUGAAACUAAGAACAGUUUUUAAAGCUACUUUUUGACUAUAAAUCAUCAUUUGGCUUUUGGUGAGUUUCAAAUUAAACAGAAAGCCAAUUCUAGAAAAUGAUGAAAUGGGCAUAUGAAUUUAAAUAUAUACGUAGACAUAAUUGUUAUACUGGCAACAUCUUUAAAAAUGCCUAUUGAUCUUAUAUUUCAAUUUUAAUGUAAAAUUGACAAUGAUUUUUGGAACUAUUUUAACUGCAAAUCAUCACUUGACUUUUAGCAAGCUACAAAUUAAACAAAAAGCCAGUUCUGGAAGUGGUGAAAUGACCGUAUAAAUUUUAAAUAUAUAUGUAGAUAUAAUUGUUCUACUGUAAAGCACAUAUUACAUGAUAGAAAUAUCUAGAAUUAAACCUGCCUGUCAAUGAGUGUGUUAUUACUCAGCUGCUUAGCAUCCUAUUUACAGUGAUAGGGCACGUGAGUCUUUGAAGCAAACUAUCACAUUUUGAACAACUGUGAUCAGUUUGCAUUGCAACUCCCUCGUAGUGUCUGCAAAUGCACAAUAAUUACCGUGUGUAAAGAAUCCUGGUGCGCCUUUUCAUACUGCCAUUUUAUAUUUUAAUGUGAACACAGUCCAUCUUAUUGGUAUUGUGGCAAUAAAAUGGAUAAGCUGAAAGCUGAAUGAUAGGACAUUGAAAAGUCAGUUACUUUUUUUUGACUUUGCAGGUUAUUGAUUUAAGUAUUUAUGGUCUUGCCUGCUGGACGAAUUUAGAGGAUUGAUAAAAUCCAAUUGGUCCUCUAGGUGCUAGUGUUAUAAACUAGCAUUUUACUUCAAAUAAGUCUACAAAAUAUAGAUAAUCAAAGCCAUUCUCACACAUCCCAAUACUUUCACAGGAUUCAACAGCCCAUAUUGUAAUGUAAACCUGUAGGAAUGAUUUACUGAUUGACUUGUGAUAAUCACAGCUCCAUAUAACUCUUGAAGGUCCGCCUUUGAAAUAUAUUCUUGAGUUAGACAACCAGUUGUUUCACUGGUGUUGGAGGAGUGGGGGAGAGGGGGAAUGAGUGUCUCUUUCUGAUUGUGUAGAUGUCCUGUUAUGGCUGACUAAAGUUAGCUGAGGGGAAAUGACAGUACAAAGCCACAACACGAGCUAUUGCCAAGGGAGAAAAUGUCAGGAAGGGGAUCUGUGCUCACUUUGUAAAAAUGCUGGCCAUGAUUCACUAAAGUUCCCAGCCACUGGUGUGAUUUAUUUUUAAAAAAGGGGAACAACUCAAUCCAUAGCUUGUGAUAUUACCAGUAAAUAAAUGCUUAUUGGGCUGGGAACCACUGACCUGACGGCAUUGUCUCGUUUGGUCAGUGUUUCAUGAAGGGCAGUAUGAUGGAAUGGGGUUUAUUGGGAAUGGCCUCAUGAUUGCCCUUGAGGUGAUUGUCUAAUCAUGACAAUAGCAGUGGAGUGAUCAGUCCUGCCCUCUUCCCACUGUGAGUGAGAUGAAGGCACAGAUUUAUAAAGUGCCUUUCGCAUCUUUCUCAGAGCAUCCCAAAGCUCUUUAUGGCCAAUAAAACACCUGCAAAGAGUGAUCAUUGUUGUAAUGUAGGAAAAGUGGCAAAUAAUUUAUGCACAGAAAGCUCCCUCAAAUAGCUAUCCAACAGUGACCAUAUAUUCUGCUUUAUAGAAGGAGACCAAGUGAUAAAUCAGAUCAGCAGAAAAUCUCUGUACAAUGCACGGGGCCUUUUACAUCCAUCUAAUAGUGCAAAGUUUUACUUGUUUUCCUCUCAGAACUGUGUUGGUGCAUUAAACUUGAUCUUUAUGCUCAUGAGACACACCCAAAAUCUUCCCAGAAGAUUUAGCCCCAAGCUGGGAUUGCCUCUCAGUUGGAUCAUGUCUGAUCCUCUUUUCUGUUUCAAACGUCCUUAGCUGUUCAGAAGCUUGUUGAUCUCAGCCUUAAAUAUGUUCAACUAUUAAACAUUCACAGUCUUCUCAUUUCAAAGAUAUAGUAUAACAUUUUGAGUAAUUUUAUUUCCAUCUGAUUUAUUGCAUAAUACCCCCUGAACAAAGCUCUCGCAAACAUUAACACUGUCAGCACUUCUCAAUCAUGCUCCCUCGGUGCUCUUCACUCCAGUGAGUUUAUUCCAAUUUUAUUUUGGGAGUGCCCCACCUCCCCAGUGUUACAACACCACCAAGCCAAGUGUGCCCCUCCUUAGAUGUGGAGAUGGAGGUUUGAAAGCAAGGAUGCCGGCAACCAAACCACAGCUGUCUUUAAAUUCAUCUCUGAGUUACUCCUAUGGUCAUUGCAGUCAAAGAUGGGAAUUGUAUAUGUGCAGCAGUCUCAGAAAGGAGAGAAUGGAGAUUAAAGUUACAAGAACCAAUAGCACAAAUUACUGCCACCUAACUAUCUCCUCACUCAUCCCCUCCUGUUCAGGUUCUGUUCUGGGCAGGGCAAGUUGAUGAGAAAGAGAAAGGAAAUGAACGGAUAACCUUGUCUCAGAGGCAACCCCGCUUCAUAAUUUAUAGAUCCACAAACAAGUCACACUCCUUCAUUUGCAACACAUGAGACACUGAAGGAACUCAGCAGGCCCACCAGCAUCUCGUGCAUCUGAAGACGCUCGUGUCCACUUCGUUUCCUGGCUCAUCCAAAUCUAGGGAACUAAGGAUUUAAUUCAGGGUGAAUCGUAAUUAUUAAUCUGAGUUUGCUGCCCUUAAGGAAUUAGCAAUCAAUUGUUCGUGGCAGCUGGCAAACAUCAGUGAUCUGGUUUGAUUUUCUCAACAGCAGGCAAGUCCUUGAAAACUAGCAAGGAAUUGAAUGCAGAGAGACGAAGCUGAGAAUGAGCAGGGUAGGGUUAGGGUGAGAUGGCAGAAACCAGCAAGUGACAAUUUACCUUUGUGUGAAGAUUGCUGGUAGUCUUUCUCUGUUUUGCUUUUUAGCAAUUCAAAUUACCUGAUCUCACUUCCAAACUAACAUCAUUUUGUGGAUGACUGUUGAAAUAAGUGACAAAUUUUGGGGAUAAAAGGAAUGAAAAGGUUGAAAUCUUAUAUUUUCAUGGAACCUACAAAAUAAAUGAUAUUUUUUCCAUAAAUUAACUUCCAAAGUUAUAUUAGGUAUUUGAGCAUUCUCAACAAUGUAAAGUUUAUAACUAAAGGAGAAUGAUAAUUAAGGAUGCGCUGUAAAAGGAAAGAUAAUUGUUGAAAUUGCAUUGGGAGUGGGAAGGAAAAAAAGCUAUUUUUCUGUCUGAAUUCUAUUGAUAUUUCAAUUAAAUGCUGUAAAAGAGAGUUUAUUAAGAGAUUGUUAUAUAAAGAGUGGGUAUUUUAUUAGAUGUUUUUAAUACAUUUGUGUAUUCUGUAUUGCUGCUAAAGUUUCCAAAACCAGAGUUAUCCAAGUGUAUGUUAUGAUGUAUUGCAGAAAAAAACAUGUGAUGUCAACUUGUGUCUCCCAACAGAUGUCGAACUACUGAGUGUCUCUGGAAUGGGGCUUCCCAACCUGGGGCCCAUGGACCCCUUGCUUAUUGGUAUUGGUCCUUGGCAUUAAAAAAGUUUGGGAACCCCUGCUCUAGACUCUUUUGUGUUUGCCUCAGAUUUUAGCUUCUUCACUACUGAGUCUUCCUUAGAUCAACCUCUUCUGCUGUGUUCCAUGUACAAGCUGUUCCAUUCUGGUGGUAUUAUGAAAAUACUGGCCGUAUAACUAGAAAUGAUCCAAAUUCAAUAAAAUUGCUUCUCAAUUCAAAUUAGUAGGCAAGUUUAUAUAUCCUUUUCAAGGAGACAGAGGAUGUCAUUUUUAUAAUUAUACCAGUACUCGUUACAUGCAAGUACCCUGACUGCAACAGUUAUCUUGCACAAACUGUUGAUGUUGCUACUACGCUCAACAUCUGGUAUCAUACCUUAAAAAGUUAGGUCAGCAGAUUCCCCUGCCAUCUAUAGGUCAGGCAGUGGCCAAAAGCACAGAAUUGUGCAAAUGACCUGUCCAUCAAAGUGAAUCAAAUCCCAGGUGACCGCUAAACUUAGACCCACACCCUCCCCAUCAAAUCUGUCAACCUUGUGCUUCACAGUGAGCUGAGAAUGAGAUAAUACUCUCAGCUUCAGUAAAACGAUUCUGUUGUAAUUGUAUGGACAGUUGGCAUUUAGAGUGAUCUAAGUAAUAUCUCAGAUGAGUGCGAUGAAUUACCCUCUGCAUUCUAUAAACAUUUAAACUCUUCAGCGUACAUUGAAUGAGACCAGAAACCCAAUCGGCAUGUUUGUGUGGAAGGGAGGUGCACGACAUCUGAUGUACUAUCCUUUUUCUUUAGCCUAAAUUAAAAUCAUUUGUAGCAGGUUGGAGCCAAUUUGAUGUUGGAAGACUGACAAUGAAAGUGUGCAUGAUAAAAGAAAUAUUACUGAACUGAGCUAAAGUGUGUGUGUGUCUUAUAUAUUUCCUUUUGAGGUAUUUUUAAUGGGUUAAGGGUUACAUAGGAAUGAAUGUUCAUGGCUUUUAGAUUCUGUUUUCAAAGUUAAAUAUGGAAUAUUUCUAUAAAGUUAAAAAAAUUAACCUCAGUCAUUAAAUAAAACAUGUCAAUAAUGUUAUUAUAUCAGAGCCUGUGAUCAGUUUCCUGUUUUGGAUUUGUACUGUUGUUAAGGCUGUCCUAUAGAAUCCUUAUAACUUGGUACAGACCUUUAUUUGAAUUUUUGGUGGUGACUGUAAAUGACAGUUACUAGGGAAAUUGUUUCCAGAUAGGUUUUCAGCACUAGAAUAAUAUUGAAUACUUGUCUCAGCAAUAUUUUUAAUUGAUAAACAACAGAAUUGGGGAAAAAAAAUAAGCUUGCAUCUCCGUAGCAAGAACCGAUGGCCACUUGUGAAACCACACCUCAUAGGUACGAUAUGGUGAACGAGAUGCAUAGUACCUUCCUUUUCACUUGUGUUCCUCACAAUAAAGACUUUGACAAAUAUUUUCUUUUUAAGAUUAAAGCCCAUUUGGAGUCUACACUAUUUGUGUGAGAUCAAUUAUUAGCAAACAUUUCUUUGGAAAACAGAAUUCUAUUGAAUAAAACAUUGCCAGUGUAGCCUCUAGUUGUCAACUUCAGUUUGACACAGUUGGCCAUGUUUUUUAUAAACUCUGCAAUGGUUGGCAGUGGCUCUACCCCAGGCUCUGGGUUUGCACUUCAGCUGAUAUCCUGGAGUAGUUCUGAAGAAAUGCUAUAUGAUCAGCUUCUGGAUUAGGUUUCCUGGUCCUGCCUCUGGUUUCAUUGGAUCCCUCAAUCUAACGAACAAGUGGAAGUAUUUUAGGGCAUUUCUAUCUUAUAGUUGCUCAGUUUCUCUCUAUUUGCACCACUGAUGCAGUAUUCCAGGUUACAGGAUCAGGAAUAUCUAUCAUUCCAAUGUAAGAAACUUCCUGCCAGCUUAUAUUGUAAACCAUCCCUUAACAUCAGGAGUGGAAGAGGAAGAAGAUAUCCUGGUCAACGUUCUCCCUUAACCAUUACAAAUUCACUGAUCCUUUAUUUCCCUACCUGCUCGUACGAUCUUGCAGUGUGGUGCAUUUUACUUCAGAACAGUAAUGAUUGUAUUUUGAAAGUAACUUAUUUGAUGAGGUACUAUACAAAUGCUGGCCUGUACUCAGUUCUGCUAUAUUUAUAUUUCACUCAAGAACCAAUUUGUAUUGGUUCAAAAUGAAUAGACUAGCAUAGGCCUAGUUGUGGGAUAGGAACACAGUGCAUUGAUCUCCAUAGCGACCAUGAGACUUCAUUGGACCCAAGUACGAUUUAUCCCAAGCAAUUAAGUACAAUUUCAAUACAGUUUCAAUUUCUAAGUUAAUCUAUAUAUUCUCUUAGAAAAAUGGCAAUAUCUUGUGUAAAUUGUAAAAGUCAUGCAAUAAAUAUUUAUUCAAAUGCAUAUCUAGAAAAAUUGUAGGAUGAAUGUGACCUAAUGCACUGUGAAUGGCACUUGAUGUGGAUUUAUGUGUAUAAACUGAGGUUAUAUAAUGUAAAAAUUAAAUUAAUUGAAUGUAUUAUCAUCCCAUGACUGAUGGGUAGGACAGAAUGUCUGCACAUUAUGUUGUAUCCAGAGCAAUCUACAGAAGAUAUCUUAUCAAGCAAAUAUUGAUACAAUCCUUAAAAAUGUUUGACAUGUAAUGCGAUGUGCAUCUUUAA